GGGAAAACGUGAGCAUUGUGUAAGGAGCAAUGUUUGUUUGGGAUAAAAGUUUGCUAACGAAGAAACGGAUCAUCAUGGAUCCCAAAACCAGUGAAGGAGGGAAACGCCUUCCCAGAAUAGCUGCUUCUCUGGUCAUGCGCUUCCCCUCAGAGAGGGAACCCAGCUUCAGUGGGCAAAGGGCAAGCUUGAGGCCUCCUCCUGCUUCAUUGACUCCACCUGACCUUGAAUUUGGUGAUUUUCCCGACCCUUCAGCAGGAUCCGGAUCCAAGUCACCGGACGCCCUGGAUUCAGCUCCAUCAGAGGAGUCCCAUCUCUCUGGACUGCAGUCUGAGAGAGUCCAAAUGCUGACUUCCCCAACCUUCAUGGAGGACGAUAAUGAGUCAGAAGAGGAAUGCCUUUCUCUUGAGAGUCUAAACAGCCCUUCUGAAGGGAAUAUCCUAUCAGGUCAGGUCGAUACAGCUGAGUGCUCCCCUAAAAGGGGAAAGAGGAUUGGAGUGAGGUUCACAGAGUGGCACAGGAAUCGCAUUGCGGCCCUGUGUAGUGAGCGCUUUAACAAACUGCUGAGGGAAUGUCCUGAGUACCACAGUACUAAAAGCUGCCUUGCUGCAUUCGUCCUGGAGAGAGAGGUGACUGACACGGGAGGACGGUGUUGUGAGCAAUAUGAAGUGGUGGCAUUGGGCACAGGGCAGAACUGCUGCAGUGGUUGGCACUGUUUCACAGGUUCCGUCAUCCAUGACUGCCAUUGCAUCGUCAUUGCACGCAGAGCCCUUAAAAGAUAUUUGUAUAAGCAGCUCAUGUUGUUCUACAGCUCUGAGCCAGAGCUUCGAGAGCAUUCUAUAUUUCAGAGCGCUCCUACAGAGCUGCUGCUUCAGCUCAAACCAAAGAACUACCUGCACCUCUACACCAACCAGACCCCGAAAGGAGCAGCACAAUACAUCAUGAAGUCCCACAGCAGUGGUUACCAAUCACUGAAGCUGCAAUGCCAUGCCAAAGGCUCUCUGAUUCCUGCUGCCUUCCUGUCUCCAAGUAUCUGGGGUGCUCGCAUCUGCUGCAUGUCUGACAGUGCAAAACUCACACGCUGGACUGUCACAGGAGUUCAGGGAGCACUUCUGAGUCACUUCAUUAAGCCACUGUACAUCACCAGUGCUGUUCUUGGUGAUACUAGCCAUUGCUCUGAUAUAGUGUCUGACACCAUCAAUAAGCGCCUGGGGACUGGUCUGAAAGACGUCCUGAUCCCACCAUACCAACAAACUACCAUCUUCUUCCAGAAUGGAGAGAACAUGGGACCAGAUGUAAGCUCAGACUAUUGCCAAAAACUCAGUGUUAACUGGUGUCUGGGAGACUCCAGCAUUGAGAUUCUAGACAGCACAACUGGUUACGCCAUCAGUUGCUCUCCUUUUGUAAGUGGACCUGGUUUCUCCAGUAGACUAUGUAAAAGAGCACAGUUCUUCAGCUUCCGAAAAGUUGCAGUGCUUUCUGGCCAACAAGAGCUUCUGUCCUUUGCUAUCUACCACAAAGCAAAGAUGGCUGCCCACCUGUACCAAAAGACCAAAGCUAUGGUGAACCAGCAGUUCUUGACCAAUAAUGCAGGACCAUGGAACGCAAAACAUCUGGUGGACAGCUUCAGUUGCUGACUUUAAUCUCCUCUAUUGUUCUUUGUUGAAGGAAAUUCAUAUACAUAUCAAAAAUACACACAGAUGCUCAGCCAGAAAUGAAACAAUACAUAAGUGCGUAGGUUUCACUUAAUGUUCCGCUUAAAUGGCUACUGGUUUUCUUGGUUUUCCAAUACAGUUAGUUCUUUAAAAAUACUUACAAAUAUUUAAGCAGUUUCUGUUGAUUUAUUCUGAAUAUAUAAAACAUAUUUCUAUGUUUGUGUGUGUGUGUGUAUAUAGUUUUAUGUUUUAAGAAGCUCUUAUAAAUGUUCAUUUUCUGUUACUUUUCUGAAAGAUACCCAACAGGACUGGACUGGGAAUUUAGGUGUUAUCCCAGUCUGCAUACACUGUGAUUGUACCACACACACACACAUAUAUCUAUGCACAUCACAGCAACCUGGUGUUGAUUAUUUUCCUAUAGUUGCAUGUCCUGUUGUAUUUCAUUUGAUCAAAGCCAACAAAUCUGUUUCUGUUUAA